UCUCCUCACUCAUUCGCUCGCUCAUUCUCCAGCCAUUCUCCUGUUGAGAACGACAGCAAGCCUCCUUCAAAAUGAUGACUUCUUCUUCUUCCAGCCGCACCUACAUGUCUUCAGGAGGUUCUUCUCACUUUGGUGGUGGAGCUGGUCGUGUCACAGCCAUGCGUGCCGGUAGUGUGUACGCAGGAGCAGGAGGAUCUGGGGUCCGUAUCUCUAGUGCCUCUGCUUCUCGUUCCUUCUCUGCUGGUGGCGGUGCUGGUUUCGGAGGUGGUUUCAACUUGGCUGAUGCUAUUGAUGUGUCUGCAAAUGAGAAAGCCACCAUGCAAAACCUCAACGACCGUCUGGCCUCCUACCUGGAGAAGGUGCGCUCUCUCGAGAAGGCUAAUGCUGAUCUUGAGCUGAAGAUCCGGCAGUUCAUGGAGAGCAAGACAAGCCCCUCUGCUCGUGACUACAGUGCCUAUUACGUUACGAUCAGUGACCUCCAGGCUAAGAUCCAGGAUGCCACACGUGUUAAUGGAGGCAUCUACCUGAGCAUUGACAAUGCCAAACUGGCUGCAGAUGACUUCAGGGUCAAAUUUGAGAAUGAGCUGAGCAUGAGGCAGUCUGUGGAGGCAGACAUUGCUGGUCUGAGGAGGGUGCUGGAUGAGCUGACAAUGGCCAGAUCUGACCUGGAGAUGCAGAUUGAGGGUCUAAGAGAAGAGCUGAUCUUCCUCAAGAAGAACCACGAGGAGGAACUCUUGGCAGCACGCACACAAAUGAGCGGACAAGUCAACGUAGAGGUAGAUGCAGCACCACAGGAAGACCUGACAAAGAUCAUGGCUGAAAUCCGUGAGCAUUAUGAGGCAGUUGCUGCCAAGAACCGCAAAGAACUUGAGGCUUGGUUCCAGCAAAAGAGUGAAGCCCUCAACAAGGAAGUUGUUGUGAGCACAGAAACCCUUCAAACAUCCCGAUCUGAAAUCACAGAGGUUAAACGCACACUCCAAAGUCUUGAAAUCGAGCUACAAUCACAACUCAGUAUGAAAGCAUCGUUGGAAGGCACUUUGGCAGACACACAGGCCCGCUACGCUGCCAUGUUGUCUGGCUACCAGUUCCAGGUGACCAGCAUGGAGAAGCAGCUGGUGCAGCUUCGUGCCGAUCUGGAGCGUCAAAAGCAAGAGUAUCAGAUGCUUCUGGACAUCAAGACCAGACUGGAGAUAGAGAUUGCAGAGUACAGGAGACUGCUGGAUGGAGAGGCUACUAGCCUCUCUACUUCAAGCACAAGCACAUCCUCGACUACACGCAAAGUGGUAACCAUUGUGGAAGAGGUUGUGGAUGGCAAAGUGGUCAGCUCAUCCUCACAGUCUAAAAGCGAGACUGUCUCUCAGAAGCUCUCUUGAGCAAAAACAACCAAACUUUGAGUGAUGAAAACCCAAUAAACUGCACUAACGGUGCACUAACUCUG